AUGGGGCACCCGUCCGCAGACGCGCCUGCGUCCCUCUGGGCGGCCGCGCCCGCUGCGCCCGCUGCGCCCGCCGAGUCGGGUGAGACGAGCGGUGGUAACGUGGGCGGGGCGUUGAGGCAAAAUGAGGCCGCCGGCGCUGCCGAGCGAGAGGAGCGAGGCACGGGAGGAGGGCGCUCGGCGCCUCAGACCGACUCGGGUGACAAUCCAUGCUCCAUAGAGGUAAACACGUUGGGCAGAUGUGCAGGGGAACCCUCUUGCUCUGCUUCCCCUCCCUCUGCUGGCCUCUCCUCGUCCUCCCUUGUCUCUCCGCCCACGUCUUUUUCUGUCUCACUGUCUCCCGAUUCCCCAUUGCCUCCUGUCUCGCCCUCGUCUUCUCCGCCUGCGUCUUGUCUACCUUCUGCCGCACCUUCCUCGUCUACAGUGGAUGAAUCCAGUCUGCUGCGGGCUGCAUCCGAAUGUAGCGAAGAAGCCGGGAGGGAAGAAUCUCCUGGCUCUUCAAACGCCUGCACGACGCGUUGGAGAAACACUCAAGGGGCUGGGAGACGUCCCCCUACCUCGUCUGCGGAGUCUCCCUUUUUUUCGUCUCAUUCCCCCUCUGAAUUGCUGCCCCGAUUGCCUGAUGCUGGUUCGCCUUUGACGCGGCAGGAGCACCACGCGAGUAAAGGACAGGCCGACGUCAGCCAGGGGAGCUCGACAGAAUCGCUUCCCACGGAACCCCGUUUCAGCGAGGCCGCCCACGCCUGCGCAGCUGAUCUGGUUCAUUUCAUGAGUCGCGGUGGCGAAGAACAAGGAGAGCGAGUCGAGGGUGGCGACGAGAAGAGAGCCCAAGGGUGCAACUUGGCAGACUUCAGAGACUCCGAGUGCGAGCAAAUCGGUGCCGCCACGAAAUUGGCAGAAGGCAGAGAGAGCGAGGCAGAAGAUGUGUCGCCUUCGAGAGCGCUUGAGGGGGAGGAGCAGGCUCCGGCUGCGCCGGUUGCGUCAGCGGGGUACGAAAGCGAGGGGAGGGACGAAGACGGAUCAGAUUCACCCCCUCCGUCUGAUUCGUUGUUUUUCUCGCCUUCAACAGGUUUGUCGCCGCCUCAUGUGAGGAGCCCUCGAGAGGGACACGCCGACGAACGGCCAAUGGGCGCCGACGGAGGCGUGGAGGGGAGGUUGGCGAGCAGCUCUUCAGGGCAUGUGCAGGAGGCUCGGGCACGCGGCGCGCCAUCAGAGGCCACUGAGGGAGAGGGACAGCUGGAGGACCCGUUGCGUUCUGUGGCGGAGACAGCCCCAUGCAGCUAUCACGUUGCCGCCGGUGUAUCACGGAUAGAACCAAACAAUGUCGACUGUGAGCAGGGGGCGAAGGAGCGAGAGACUUCUCCUCUUCCGGACAGCAGACUCACUGAGACCAGCGACAGUCGCAGGCAGAAGCGCGCGGGGAGAGCGUCGCAGACGGACGGCCGCUCAGAAUCUCCGCGUUCGAGUUCAAAUCCCGAGGCGAAGGAGCAUCCGAGAGGUCACGAUACGGAAGCGACGCCACCCGGCGCGCCCGAAGCAGCCCCGCAGACAGUCGCGGCGGAAGGGAGGGCGGAGGAGGCUGAGGCGCGAGCAGGCGGCAGCGACCGCGAAGGAGGUGGCGAGGAAGAAGAGACAGAUGAGGACGAAGCAGAGGCGGGCGCUGGACUGGGCGAACCGCCUCGGUGGACGGAGUGUGACCGUGAAGGCGUCGCCUCGUUUUUCGACGUCUCUUCACGCGCAAAAGAUGGCAUCGUGGAUGGCGGCGGCUCGCGUCUCGUCUCCUUCCUUUCUCGCCUGUGGCCGUCUGAGCGGACCUCGCAGUCGCUGUCGUUCUCGGCAUCAGCAGAGGCGGCUCGCGUUGCGCGGCUGCCUGGUCCGGGACCGGAAGACGACGGCUGGCGUCAGCCCGCGACUGCGGCAGAAGGAGAAGAGAGUCGUGCCGUCGCCGCGUCGUGUCCAGCGCGUGGGACGGCAGAUUCGUCGUCGUCUGCCGCAGGCACAGGGAGCCUCGCGGAAGCGGCGGACUCGACGGUUUUCGAGGCUCAAGUACCCUGGAGAGCGCUGACGGCGCUCCGCCUUCUCAACCGCCGCCUGCACCGAGAGAAAUGCAGGGCAGCGAGCCGCGAUCUUGUCGAGCUCGGCUCGCCGCUGGAGCGACCGAGAGACACUGGGGGCGAGGACGAAGCGAGGCCGGCGGCCUCAGACGAGCAAGACGUGAGUGCGAGUGACUCUGUGAGGGCGACGGCAUUUUCUGCGAGUCGCUCUCCUAGCACACCGCCACAGGCACCACCCUCGCCGCCGUCUCAGGAGCCUCGUCUGAAUAUCUCGGCUUGCGCGUCGACCGCAGAGCAACGCCGAGGCAUUGUGGGGACUUCCGAAGGCGUGCUGCUCGUCUUCGACUGGUUCGACUCGUCUCACGAAGCGAAGGACACCGAGGCACUGUUGCCCUCGUCUUGUCCCCGUCGCCUGCACUCGACGGACGGCCGCGAAAGCUCGCCUCCGCGUGGUUCAGAGUUCCUCCCGCUUGUCACAAGUCCCCAGUUUCCGCGACGCAGACAGCGCGACCCACUCCCGCAUUCUCCAGUCUCCGCGUUGCGACGCGACCCCACAGGUUCGCCGCCGUGGACCUCCGCCUCACCGCCCGACGCCGGUUCGCCUCCGUGCAUGUUUCUCCUGUUGGGGCAUGCGGCGGAGAUUUCCGCGAUUUCGCCAGAUGUGGCGGGGCGGCACGUGGCCUCCUCGGCCCACGACGGGCGCCUUCUCCUGCACGCAGUUCCGUCGUCCCCGCCUGCGGGCUCCGAGGCCUUUAGCCCGUCGUCGCCGUCGCGAGCUGCGCAGGCCCGGGAAACUGCGUCGGGUGUCUCUUCGCGCAGCGCUGCAACCGCCGCAGGGAGCACCCGCGGCAGCACUCGACAGGAGGGCGCGUGGCGGCACACACGCACGCGGCCGUCCUUCGCGGCCGUGUCCGUGGGGUCGUCCUCCGCGUCUCCCACUGCCUUUGUGGCGCCGACUCCUGCGCCUGCCGCCAGGCCGCGGAGUUCGCUUGCGAGUGAACCGCCUCCUCAGGAGGGUGUGCGGCGGAUGAGCGUCGAGGGCGAAGGCGGCAGAAGCCAGCGGACGCAGAGGGCUGGCGGCUCAGCGCCACAAAGCGGCAGUUUGCCCCUGCACGCGAUGCAUCAAGUGACGUGCGCAGAAGACGAACAAGGCGGCGAGCAGUCUUCGCAGGAGGAGGGGAGCCCGGGGGCGUGUCUGAUGGAGAGGUGCCGGCAGACUGGGGCCCGACUGGCAAGCGGCAGCGCGUCCCCUACGGGCUCGGAAGUUUUUCUCGUUUCUCCUCUCUGGUCAGUUGUCUUGCCUCAGCCGCUCCUCUCCGUGGCUCUGCAUCCCUUCUACGGCAGCGCCGGAGAUGACUCUGUGGAGCUGAUGCAUCCGCGAGACUCCCCGCGCUACCUGCCAAAUGGCGAUACGCUCUUCGGCCCUUCCGACACUCUUGGAGGCCGCUCUCCUCCGCCGUCAAACCGAGGGAACUUCUCGAAAACCGCUGCACGGACUCACCGUUUCUCCUCGCUCUCUGCGCUGUCUUCCUCGAGCCGCCCCAGCGCGGCCUCCCGCGCGAGUGUCUCGGCGUCUUCCCCGCCGUGUGUGUCUCCUGCGCGGCAGGCCGUCAUCUGGGGCAGCGCAGACGGGAGGCUGGUGCUGCAUCGGCGUGGAUUCUUCUACUCAUCCAGCAGUGUGAUUCACGCAGGUGAAGGCCCGGUCGUCUGCGUCUCCUGGCGCCGCUCCCUCGUCGCGUGGGCAACGUCUCUCGGCGUGAAAGUGCUUGACGUCGACAUGCAGCAGAAGGUCACCUUCGUGCCCAAGUUGACUGCCUCCGCGGGACCCGGGCUUUUCGAGGGCGAGGGCAGACACGAAGGGGACACAGGGGCCGCUGGGGGGGCGCCAGGGGCCCCGGGUCGCGGCGGAAAGCCAGCUGUGGGUCGGAAGCUCGCCGCCAGCGGGAACGAGACUACCCGGGCGGAGCCCUGCCAGCUCGUCUGGGCUGCGGACGACGUUCUGUGCAUCGCGUGGUCCACGCUCGUUCGCGUCGUCUGCAUUCGUUCUCGAGAGAUGCUGGACGGCUCACAGUCGCCGGAAAUGGAGACUGGCGCCCCUCUCCAGCAGCGCCUGGCGGCGAAGGCCCCACACCAUGGGCUGCACGCAGACGCAGGAGACCCUGGGGCGCCAGCCGCGCGGGAGCUGGGCGGCGGACCGGCAGCUCACCUUGGGGCUGGGCAAGGUCGCCAAGGGCUGGUUGGCGGGCGUUCCGGCAGGAUCUGGGCCCGGGAGACAGGCGCCGCCCAGCUCGCGGUGGGCGGCGAGGCCUCCGGCAGCUCGAGUGGGGGGACCGGAAAAACUGUUGUUGUGAAGUUCGCCGAGGUGGUUUUGUCCCUCGCCUUCGAGUGGGCGAGCCCUUUGUGUGGCCUGCUCGUGUCGCCCGUAGGCAGUUCGCGCAUCUUUGACGAGCCUGAAGAGGAGACAAUCGACGGAGUGGAGGCGCAGUCCCUGUGCAGCUGGGCGGCAGUCCCAAGAGAAGGAGAGACGAGUGCGGACGGAGUAAGCCAGGGGGGGACGGGGAGGGCGGCCCUGCCUGAGGGCGAGCGAAGGUGGACGGCGGCCUGCAGAGAGGAAAGCCAGGGCAGCGGCCGCAUUCUGUUUGCCGCGCUCGCGCUUCCCCCUUUGCGCCACCAGACGACGGAGCUCUCAAGGAGGGUGAGCAGCUCAGCGGCCGCUGGCGAAAAUCACGCAGAGGAGCCCAAGUCGAGCGAAAGCGUGCGGGAGACUCUGGGCGCUUCUUCGCGCGCCGCUCUACGCGUUGUUCUCGUUGACACAGACGGGGAGGUUGUCCGGCGUGAGCCUCUGCAUCUGCCUCUGGGCGACAAAGACGCGUGGGCUCCCGAGCAGCCGGCAGAGCCAAUGAACGCGGGAGAUGAGAAGGCAUUGCCGCCUGGCGGGGCGUUCCAGAGCUGCGAAGCGGAAAAAGAGGAACGAUACAAGGCACUGCUCAACUGCAGUCCGCCGAGCGACAGAGAGGGAGAGGAAGAUGGAGCUGAUGGGUCGCCAGAGCAAAUUGGCAUUCAAAGGAUUCGCUACACGCGUGUAGCGAACGCCUUUUGGCUGGAAGGCGGCCUACUGACCAGGGACGCGACGAUGUGGAUAAUUCGGCCGCGUGACGAUGUAGACCGAGCGCUGGCGCUCCUGUCGGUGAACCGCCGUCGAUGCCCGACCUGGUUGGCGGAGGUCCUGCGCGUCGCAGGGCGCGUUUCUCCAAGCUUUCGGUCGGCCGUGUGCGGACGCGUCAUCGUGGAGAUGCUCAACGCGGGCCGCUGUCUCCUGGCGGCCUCGCUCGUCCCUCUUCUGGCAGCGGACCACGGUGACGCGACACCAGACUGGAUCGCCCUCAUUCUCCUCUUCCAUUCGUUUGCUGUACUGCACCUCCUCGUCCUGUUUUUUCCCUCGCCGUCUGGGCUUCCGGGUAGCCCGCGGUCGCCGUCUGUGCAGGCUCAGCCGCCGGCCUCCGUCUACGAGCUUGUUCUCACUCUCCUCGCCUGCUGUUCGCCGCGUGCCCUCCCUGGAGAGCGCGGAGGGCGGGGAGCCUCUGAGGCGCGAGGAGAGGACGGACGCGGCGCGCCGAGAGAAGAAGGCGCGAGGGAGCAGGCUAAGGUCAACGGCGCUGCGCGCCCGGCGCCGUCCUCACCCUCCGUACACACGCGCGCCCCCGGCUCCGUCGUGGCCUAUGCAGCGGCCUUUAGCUUCGCAGUUCAGCAGUGGCGGCUGCCAGCAGCCGCCACCCUGCGAGUUCUCAACCGUCUGCGAUGCUUCGUCUUUUGCCUCCAGCCGAUCGCCGAACGCGAUUUACCUGCAUUCACGCGCGCCAGGGUAGCGGAGGAGAACGAGAAGACCGGCGCGCCCGUUUCGCCCUCUCCCCCCACCUGCGCGACGGACAGUCGUCCCCUUCUCGCGCUGCUUUCUCCGUACUUCGAACAUUCGGUUCCUGCAGAGCCCUGCGCAGCAAACGAAGGCUCGCGGGAUUCGCACGCACUUGACAGUGCGCAGGAUGACGGUACCUCGAGCUCCCCCCAUGCGCAGAGGCCGAGUGUAGACGUCGCGUCGGAUGCUGAGAAUGCGCCUGAAAGCGACUCGCCGCGGUCAUCACAGGCGCGAACGCCUACUUGGGGAAAUAGCGGACUCCCAGCUGAAUCAUCGGAAGCAAUCGCGCGGCUACUGAACUUCCCCUGCACAGGGCUGUGUAGAGCGAAUCGCGCGCCGGACGCUGUGGAGCCUUGUGCCGCUUGUUGCGCGGCCGUCCUCUUCCUCGCUGUCACCCCGUCUUCUGCGUCUGGAGAAAAACCAGAGGAAAGCGCAUCGUCUCACGAGACAUGCCGGUCUGCUGAUUCUGCGUAUCUCUUUUCUCCACAGCCGCGCGCGCCUGGGGACGCGCGCCGAGAAGGCCUCAGUCUCUCCCGGCAGGAGGCCAGGCGGAGGCGUGUGUGUCUGCUGCGGGCCUCGGCAACUCUGGCGACCCAGCUGCUGCUUUUGGACGUCGCCUUCGACUCGCUGCUGCGCCUCCGCUCGCCCGAGGUUUUGUCGUUUCUGGCGAGCUGCGCCGCCCGAGCCGCGCAGGCUAGGGCCGCCGCGCUGACGCAGAGCCGCAGACAGCUCACUGUCUCGACGGCGGCGGGGAGUCCGCGCCCGCGGAGCAGCAGGUCGAGCAGCGCCCUCCACAGCAGCCUCUACGGAGGCUCUGCGGGCAGUCGUGUCUCCUUCGUGUCUCCGGGGGGCGGACCGUCCGCGGCGGGCGGCGUGGGGUCCGGGCUCAGCGGGGGGGGUGCCGUUCGCUGGAGCCCGACAGACAAAGGUGGCUCCUCCGCCAGCAACGGCAACGCGGUUCAGGGAGACGUCGACCGAGCGGCAUUCCACGAGGGAGGUUCAUUUGCCGCGGCCCGUCUCUCUGCGCAUUCUGCAGUGGAGGAUUUUUCCGGGGCCGACAGGGUCGGCGCGCGCCUCGGCGACCUUCAGGGGCUGCGGAAAGCAAGCGAAUUGCUCUCCGGAUGCCAUCCUAUCGACGAGACGCAUGCGGACGGCGAACGUGAGCGAGAAGAAGAGGCUGCGACGCUCGCGGCAGAGGCGGCGCUUCAGAAAGUCCCUGAGAGGGCCGCAGAACUUCUCAGAUUGAACGCGGUGCAAACGCUCCAGUUGCUGACCUAUCAAUGCCGAAGCGCGGAUCUCUGUCUCGCGGAUGUGUCACCGACUCGCGGCGACAUGAAGAGACAGACAUCCUCGCUGCAGGACUCUUCCGGAAUCGGUCAUGAUGGGGCGGAGAGGCUCGCACGCGGAGUCACCGCCCCUGAGUGGCGCAGCAGUGACGAAAGUGAGGCAAGCGGACAUCGCGCGGGCUCUGGCGACCGCACAGACUACGAGUCAGGUGCGAGGGGAGAUUUGUCUGAAGAAGGGAACACCGACGACGGUGCGCUGGCCUUCCUCUAUCCCGUCGCUGAGGUUGUGCAGGCUCUCCAACGCGCCGCCACUCCAUUCUGGCUCCACGCCUACCUCAAGGAGGUCUUCCAGGUUUGCCCUGCAGCGACAAGGCGCUACUACCCUCUUCAGCUUCGUCUCUUCUUGAAUUUCGCGCCGCACCUCCUGCUGUCUUUUCUGCGAGCUGCUGACGGAGGAUAUGAUUACAACGAAGCGUUGGCAGUCUGCCGAAGUGGGACGCGUCUCGCAGGCGAGCACGAGGCGUCGCACGUCGCUCUGGCUGCCGCUUCGCCGUGGGAUUCCCCUUCGCCGCGGCUGCCGCCAGCGCUGUUGCACUGCGAGGCCUUCUUGCUGGGGCGUUUGGGCCGCUUCGCCGAGGCGAUUCAGCUGACGCUUGAGCACCUGGCGGACAUUCCCGCCGCCGUGUCCCUCGCCUGGGAGAGCGCAGACCCGCGCGUCUGGGAGAUGCUGGUGGCGGCAGUCGUCGAGCGGCCCUGCUUCAUCACGGAGCUGCUGACGGCGCUGGAAGACCAUCUGGCUGCGUUCGAGGCGUAUUCACGGGACAAGGGGUUCUCAGCGCGGAGUCUCGAUGCGCUGGACUCCUCCCUCGUGGCAGGGCGAAUGUGCGAAUCAGAAAGGCUCGGCAAUGAUGGCGGUCCUCCAGACAACGUGAGCGGUGCCUGUGGCGGCGGCGGCGCGGCCUGGCUCCAGCGGGGCGACAGGAGACUGGGCGCGAGUGGGGGCGAGACGAUCUCCUUGAGCGAGCAACACGCGGCUGACGGAGCUGGCACGGGAAAAGUCACGGGCAGCUCGUGUCUUUCGGAAGAUUCCGAAGUGGCGAGUCCUUCGGAGACUGUCGAGGAAAACGGUCGCUCAGCGGAUUUCGGGUCCCCUCUUCUGUCGAACGAACACGCGUUGGAUCGCUCGUCUUUCGAGGCUGCGUCCGCGCCUGAGGCGCAACUGAGUAGUAUAAAUGCAGGUACGCUGAGGAUCGCUGGAGCUGAGUGCGAGGCGUCGGAGGUGAGCUCGAUCAUCCGGAAGGCAUCGUCCAUCUUGACGUUCUCCUCGUCAGAGAGCUCCCGGCGGGGGACGCUGGACGGCGGGGCGGCCGAGGCCGCUGCGCGAGCGGCGGCGGCGGUGAUUGCGCCGCUGGAGCUUCUGAAGCGACUCCCGUCGCAUGCGCUGCGCCUGGUGCCGAGGCUCGAGCGGCGCCUGGCUCGUCUCUUCGAGCAGAGGCAACUCCGGGACGAAUUCUGGGGCGCUGCUGAGCGAUGUCAAGAGCACGACCUGCGCGACUUGACUGUUCAGCUGUUUCGCCGCAGACGGCGAGGAGUUGCCGUUCGCCCGGAGAGCUUGCGGCAGAGAGAGGUGGAGAACGACGGUGGCGAGCGCCGCGGCGACGGACGCAGAAGGGAACGGCGAAGGACUCGGCAGCUUCUCGAAUUAGUUCGCGAUAGACUCAGAGAGUUCAGAGGAGGAGAGGCCGAAGGCGAGAGGGAGGAGGACGGCGACGCCGCUGGCCUCAGCGGAGACGCCGGCAGCAUCUGUGAAGCUGGGGACGGCGGUGUAGACCGGCUGCAGUGGAGAAACGGGCGGCAUAGUGUCAACGAUGCUUCCAGCAGGAAAGCAGGUUCCACGUGGGAGCCUGCGCUUAGUCUUUCGACCAAACCCAACGGCCCAGACACCGGCAUGCGGAGACACUCUAAAGGGGACAAGACGAGGAGCGCCGGACGGUCAUCGUCUGACGAGCUGGAAGAAGACGGAGAAGCCGCGGCGGCGAUGGCAGGCCAGGGGCGACGAGAGACUGGCGCAGCUGAACAGACGGAAAACAGUAAACGACGCCGGCACCAGAGUCUGUUUCGCUCAUUUCUCUUCCCAGGAGGCGGCGGCGGAUCGAGCGGCCGCGCGGCGCCCGCGGCGGGGGCCGCGCCCCGCGGGGCCCGCAAGUCUCGCAGUCUCUUUUCGGGGGGGCUAUCCGCGCGGCCUGCGGCGGACUCGGUCGAAGGGCAAGACGACGCGCAUUUAGAUGCCUCUGGCGGCUGCGCGCAGACAUCUAGAGACGCACGAGACGCUGCGGAAGACCUGGGUAAGAGAGGGGAGGCGCCGCAAUCGAACCAGACAGCUGGCGACAGCUGCCGGUCGUCGGCGAGGAAAGGUGACGAGGAGAGAACCGAGGCGAGGCCUACUGGAAACCAGGAGACGAAGAAAGGCGUCCAGUGGCUCUACCUGGAGAAGGAAGGCGCGGAGCCAGGGAAGGAGGUGUCUGUGGGUCAGAUGCGACGGGCGGAGAAACUGCUGCAGCACCUCUACGAGACGCGGGAGGCCCUGGGACGAGCCGCAGAUGCAAGCUGUGCAUUCGCGCCGCCGGAAACCCGCUGCGUGAUCUGUACCUACUCUGUGGGGUGCCCGCCUGGCUCGCGCGUCGAGUGGCGCUGCGCGUCUGGUGUCUCCCCAAAAGGCCCGUUGAAGGCGGCUUCGCCAGAGGCGCCCGGGGCUCUCCCUACUGCGGCCUUACCGGCUUCUUUCUCUAGUGUGUUCCCUUUGGAGAGGGCACCGGAGGUCUCCCUCUCCUCGGGCGCAUGCUUCAAAGGCUCCGCGCCGGACGACGCUCCGGGUGGUGAGGAGAAACCUACAGCAGCGGUUGUGUUUUUCUGCGGCCAUACAGCGCAUCUGGAGUGCUGCAUCGCAGCGAAAGAAUGCGAUCCUUACUGGCCAACGGGCGCGAGCUCGAGGCCUCUUGUCUCCCUUGGGUUUCGCCAGCUGAUCUCCGCGACGCCCCACGGUGUCUCCGCGCGGGCGCCGGGUGCGGGCCCGUCUCCGCGCCGCAGCCGCCCGUGGGCGCUUGGGCGCGGUCGCCAGGACGGAGCCAGAGACAUCGACCCCUGGACAAACGAGGUGCGACGGCCGGAUGACCCAGCGCGAGAACAAGAGAAAGUGGAUGCCCUUCCCAGCGAAAGUAUUUUCGCUUGCCCCGUCUGCCAGCAGACGCCUCUGACGUCGUGGACGGCUGCGUGGAGUCGCUGCGGCGAGCGAGGUGAACGAGGCUUCGAGAGCGAGGCCCGAUGCGCGCAUCCGCUUGAUCUGACCGCCGGCUUAUAUCACGACGAUUCCGCGCUCUUCGCAGUCGAGUUAGCUGCCAAACGGAAAGCAAUUGGCGGUUCGUCCCUCGCCUGCGCUCGUCUCACGCAGCAAGCGUCACGGUGUGACCACAGAGAGGGCGGAGCCUAG